AUGGAUAACGAGGACUCAGCAACGUCGACAGGAACGGCCAUCUCCGCGGCCAUCGACGAGAAGCAUGAGUUGCAUAAGGAAAAGGAGGCCAAGCCUCCCACAGCUGGCCUCAGUGAUCAAGAGAAGGACAUUAUCGACAGGCAGUUGACUGCGCCGAACCUCACAGUCGGUUACUUCUCGCUAUUUCGCUAUGCCAACGGAAAGGACAAAGUCGUCAUGGUCAUUGCGUUAAUCGCCAGUAUCGCAGCUGGUGCUGUCAUGCCACUCAUGACGCUCGUUUACGGUAACUUCGCUGGAAGUUUUACCAGCUUCUCAGUUGAUGCAGUCGCUGCUGCCAAGUUCCAGGACCAGAUCAACCAGUUUACCCUCUACUUCGUUUACCUCGGAAUUGGAUCUUUCGUCACUUCUUACAUCAGCAUCAUUGGAUUCUCGUACACCGGAGAGCGCAUCACACGAACAAUUCGGGAACUUUACCUACGUGCCAUCUUCAGACAGAACAUCGCCUUCUUCGAUUUCCUCGGAUCCGGCGAGAUCACCACUCGCAUCAGCUCCGAUAUGAACUUGGUGCAAGAUGGCAUCGGUCAGAAAAUUGGUCUCUUUGUUACCGGAGUGUCCAUGUUUGUUUCUGCCAUCAUCAUCGGUUUUAUACGGUCCUGGAAGCUCUCUUUAAUCAUGCUGGCCGCAACAUUAGCCCUCAUUAUGAUGAUGGGUGUCAACGGUACUAUGAUGAAGAAAGCUCAGACACUUUCAAUCGACGAGUACGCCACUGCUGCUUCCCUGGCCGAGGAAGUGCUGUCUUCAGCUCGCAACGUCGCUGCAUACGGCACCCAGAAACGACUCGAGGAGAAGUACAAGGCUUUCGUAGACCGCGCUACGAAGCUGGACUUCAAGGCCAAGUUCUGGCUUUCUAUGAUGAUUGCUGGCAUGAUGGGUGUGCUGAACCUCCAGUACGGCCUUGCAUUCUGGCAAGGAAAACGAUUCCUCGAUGAUGGGGACCUUGGCGUUUCCAACAUCCUGACUGUAGUCAUGGCACUCAUGAUUGCUGGCUUUUCCAUUGGACAAAACUUGCCGCAUAUUCAGGCUUUCGGUGGAGCUACUGCGGCAGCUACGAAAGUUUUCAACACGAUCGAACGAAACUCCCCCAUCGACCCGGAAACGGAUGCAGGCAUUGUACCCGAUGACUUUGUUGGCAACCUCGAGUUCAGGAACCUGAAGCAUGUAUACCCAUCCCGACCGGAUACCGUCGUGUUAUCGGACUUCAACCUGGACGUGCCAUCAGGCAAGAUGAUUGCGCUCGUUGGUGCAUCUGGAUCUGGAAAAUCGACCAUUGUUGGACUACUGGAACGCUUCUACCUUCCGAUGGAAGGCCAAAUAUUCUUGGACGGAAGAGACAUCACUACACUCAACCUACGCUGGUUGAGGCAACACAUGGCUAUCGUGAGCCAAGAACCUGUUCUGUUCAGCACAACCAUCUACGAGAGCAUUCUCCAUGGCUUGGUCAACACGGAAUACGCAGAUGUAUCGGACGAGAAAAAGAUGGAACUUAUCGAGAAGGCUGCCAAGAUUGCCAACGCUCACGACUUCAUUAUGGAUCUUCCGGAGAAAUACCAAACCAAGGUUGGAGAGCGAGGUGGCUUGUUGUCUGGUGGCCAGAAGCAACGUGUCGCGAUUGCUCGUGCUAUUGUAUCGGACCCAAAGAUCCUCCUCCUAGAUGAAGCUACCGCAGCUCUCGAUACCCGCUCCGAGAGCGCAGUCCAGGAAGCUCUCGACCGCGCAUCGCAAGGACGUACGACCAUUGUGAUCGCCCACCGACUCUCCACAAUCAAGAAGGCCGAUAACAUUGUGGUCAUGGCUUUGGGCAGAAUUAUAGAGCAAGGCACUCAUCAAGAGCUCAUCAACCGCGGAGCUGUGUACGCAAGUCUAGUACAGGCCCAGGAGCUUACCGCAAAGAUCAGCCCCGCCAACAGGAUGACGCUCCUCGACGACCCUGAGAGUAAAACGGAAGGCGUCGUUGAUGAAGAAAAGCUUGCUCUGAUGCGCACUGUUACAUCCGCUCCUUCGGAAUUCCAUGCCAAGAAGGAUGAUAAAGACAAGGAAUACGGCACCUGGGAGUUGGUCAAGUUCGCCUGGGAGAUGAACAAGGGCGAGCACUCUACCAUGACCAUCGGAUUGGUAUUCAGUUUCCUUGCUGGUUGCAACCCUGCCAUUCAAGCCAUCUUCCUGGGUAACUCCAUCAACUCGCUUCUAUCUCCUGGAACAUCUCUCGGUGGACUCAACGUCAACUUCUGGUGUGGCAUGUUCCUCAUGCUCGGAAUCGUCAUCGGCUUCUUCUACUACGUACAGGGUAUGACACUGUCGAAAGGAUCUGCCAGGCUUGUUGGCAGCGUGCGAACGCGCGCUUUCGGCGCCAUGCUUCGUCAAGACAUGGAGUUCUUCGAUGGUGACACGGUCACUUCUGGUGCGCUGAGCAACUUCCUGUCUUCAGAAGCGAAUCGUCUCGCCGGUCUCAGUGGCUCUACUCUCGGAACGAUUGUCAGCGCCGCCGCUUCCAUCCUUGUCGCCUUCAUUGUGGGUUGCUCUUUCGGGUGGAAGCUGGCGCUCGUGUGCUCUGCAACCAUUCCACUUGUCAUCGCCUGUGGUUACUUCCGAUUCUAUGCUCUCACUCGCAUGGAGAAACGAACCAAGGAGACAUCCGAUGCCGCCAGCUUCGCUUGUGAGGCCGCCUCUUCUAUUCGUACCGUGGCCUCUCUCUCGCUGGAGAAGCAUCUCUUGUCAACGUACCACACCAAGCUUGCAGACCAGGGCAAGGGUUACUUCAAGUUCACAAACGUGUCUGCAGUGCUCUUCGCGACAUCCCAGGGUCUCAGCAUGUUCAUUUUCGCUCUUGUGUUCUGGUAUGGAGGACGUCUUUUGUUCAACCAGGAGUACACUGUCUUGCAGUUCUUCGUCGUCUACUCCUCCAUCAUCAACGGCGCUCAGUCGGCCGGUGCCAUCUUCUCCUUCGCCCCCGACAUGGGCGAGGCCAGGGAUGCAGCGAAGCUUCUCAAGUCAUUCCUGAACCGCGUUCCUAAGAUUGACAACUGGUCGACCGAGGGCAAGAAGAUUGACAGGUUGAGCGGCAAGAUCGAACUGCAGGACAUUCGUUUCACCUACCCUGGAAGGCCGGACCACCGUGUUCUGCGCGGCAUCAGUCUUUCUGCUGAACCUGGCCAGUUCAUCGCCCUUGUCGGCGCAUCCGGUUCCGGCAAGUCGACGGUGAUGCAACUGCUCGAGAGGUUCUACGACCCGACAAGCGGUGCCGUACUCGUCGAUGACGUGGAGGUCAAGGACUACAACCUUCAAGACUACCGAUCGCAAUUAGCCAUUGUCAGUCAAGAAACAACGCUCUACACUGGCACGAUCCGAGAGAACAUUCUUGCCGACAAGGAGGAAUUGGGCGAUGACGCGGUGAUACAAGCGUGCAAAGACGCCAACAUCUACGACUUCAUCACAUCGUUACCUGACGGUUUCAACACGCUGGUCGGCGCAAAGGGUGCUCUACUGUCUGGUGGCCAGCGCCAACGCAUAGCCAUCGCCCGCGCCCUCCUCCGCGACCCCAAAGUCCUCCUCCUCGACGAAGCCACAUCCGCCCUCGACUCCACCUCCGAACGCGUCGUACAAGCCGCCCUCGACUCCGCCGCACAAGGCCGCACUACAAUCGCGAUCGCGCAUCGCUUGAGCACAAUCCAGCACGCCGACGUCAUCUACGUCUUUGACCAAGGCAAGAUCGUAGAGAAGGGCAGACACGAGGACUUAGUGGCCAAGAAGGGAGUUUACUUUGAGCUGGCGAAGUUGCAGGCUAUCGGCGCACCGCAAUAG